GCAUAUGUGUCAAAGAGGUGCGGCCAAGACAGUCAAAAGGGAAAAUGGAGAGGAAAAAAAAGUUCCACCCUCACUAAUGCAAAGAUUGCUUUCGCUAGAGCAUGGGGUUGGUCCAGCUGCCUCUGACACUGGAUGGAAUCUAUAUGGGACUAUUAUCCUGCUGGAUUUGCGUUUUGUUUUAGGGCUACAACGUAAUGUAUUGGAAAAGCGAACAAAUGUUGGCUUGCCCGGAGGUGGAUGACAUUGAAAAUGGGUUUAACUCGACCUUCGACAGCACGGGCACAUCGGAUUACAUUUUUGGAGAUGAGUCGUAUUCACCGUCUUUGUCUUCCUUGACACCGCAGACGAUGGCAUCAGCCUCUCUGGGGAAAAGCCUUUGUACAAGUUGUGGUUUGGAGAUAGUUGACAAAUACCUACUCGAGGUGAACAACUUGUGUUGGCACGUGAACUGCCUCUCGUGCAGCAUGUGCCAAACUCCUCUAGGAAGACAUGUCAGUUGCUACAUCAAAGACAAGGUGGUUUUCUGCAAACUCGACUACUUCAGGAAGUAUGGAACUCGCUGUGCCCACUGUGGCAGGAACAUGCACUCCAAAGACUGGGUGAGGAGAGCAAAGGGCAACACCUACCACCUGGCCUGCUUCGCCUGCUUCUCCUGCAAGCGCCAGCUCUCCACGGGGGAGGAAUUUGCCCUGGUGGAGGAGAGGGUGCUGUGCCGAAUCCACUACGACUGCAUGCUGGACAACCUGAAACGGGCCAUGGAAAGUGGUGUUACUUUAGAGGGAGCCCCACCAUCAGAGCAAGAAGGGUCUCAUCCCAAACCAGCUAAGAGGGCUCGCACUAGCUUCACCACAGACCAGCUACAGGUGAUGCAGGCCCAGUUUGCUCAGGACAAUAACCCAGACGCUCAGACCCUCCAGAAGCUGGCAGAGAGGACUGGCCUCAGUCGCAGGGUCAUUCAGGUUUGGUUCCAGAACUGUCGAGCUCGUCAUAAGAAGCAUGUGAGCCCUCAGCACCAUGUGCCAUCUGCAGCGACGUCGUCACUACAGCAGUCCAGGCUUUCUCCGCCUCUUAUGGAGGAUCUACACUACACAUCCUACAUACCAACAGACACACCCAUGCUUACAGCACUACACACUUACAUGGAUGUGCACUCUCCCUCCUCCCUGGUGUUCCAGCCUCUUUUAUACCAUUCCAUGACACAGCUGCCAAUCAGCCAUGCCUGAUCUUCACAUCCCGCACCCUGCAGAACCGGCCCUUACCAUUGGUUAGAAUGCUGAGGAGCCAAUGCGAAAGCCCUGUCCAUUAAAGGGUGGGGUGCAAAAUGAUUUGCUAUGGGGAUUUAUCGAAGGAGAUCAAAUUCAGAUGUAAAAUAAGGUUAAUAUGUGAACUUGUUGAUGUAUUGUACAUAUUGGUUGGCAUUUAAUUUAUUUGAGGUAUGUGACUGAGCACUUUGUAAAAAAGAAAAAAAAUACAUGUAUUAAUAGAUGUGUACAUUGAACAAAAAUGGAAUAUGCAACAAUUUCUAAGAUUUUUACUGAGUUACAGUUCAUAAGGAAAUCAGUCAAUUGAAAAAUUAAUUGGGCACUAAAUCUAUGGAUUUCAUAUGACUGAAUACAGCUAUAUAGUGCCUUCAGAAAGUUAUUCAGAACCCUUGACUUUUUCCCAAAUUUUGUUACAUUAGUCUUCUAAAAUGGAUUAAAUAAAACAAUCUACACACAUUAUGGGGUAAUGACAAAGGUUUAGAAAUGUUUGCACAUUUAUUAAAAAUAAACAUACCUUAUGUAAAUAAGUAUUCAGACCCUUUACUAUGAGACUCAAUUGAGCUGUGGUGCAUCCUGUUUCCAUUUAUCAUCCUUGAGCUGUUUCUACAACUUGAUUGGAGUCCACCUGAAGUAAAUUCAAUUGAUUAGACAUGAUUUGGAAAGGCACACACCUGUCUAUGUAAGGUCCCACAGUUGACUGCAUGUCAGAACAAAAACCAAGCCAUGAGGUUGAAGGAAUUGUCUGUAGGGCUCCGAGACAGGAAUGUGUCAAGGCACAGAUCUGGGGAAGCAUUGAGGGUUCCCAAGAACACAGUGGCCUCCAUUCUUAAAUGGAAGUUUUGAAGCUGUCCGCCUGGCCGAACUGAGCAAUAGAAGGGCGAACCCGAUGGUCACUGACAGAGCUCCUCUGAGGAGAUGGGAGAACCUUCCAGAAGGACAACCAUCUCUGCAGCACUCCACCAAUCAGGCCUUUAUGGUAGAGUGGCCAGAUGGAUUUAUCCUCAGUAAAAAGGCACAUGACAGCCUGAAUGGAGUUUGACAAAAGACACCUAAAGACUCUGACCACGACAAACAAGAUUCUCUAGUCUAACGAAACCAAGAUUGAACUCGUUGGCCUGAAUGCCAAGCAUCACAUCUGGAGGAAACCUGGCACCAUCCCUUCGGUGAAGCAUGAUAGUGGCAGCAUCAUGCUGUGGGGAUGUUUUUCAGUGGCAGGGACUAGACCGGAUCGAGGCAAAGAUGAACUGACAAAGAACAGAGAAAGAUGCUUAAUGAAAACCUGCUCUAGAGCGCUCAGGACCUCAUUCUCGGGCGAAGUUUCACCUUCCAACAGGAUAACGACACAAAGCACACAGACAACACAGGAGUGGCUUCUGGACAAGUCUCUGAAUGUCCUUCAAUGGCCAAGACUUGAACCCGAUCGAACAUCUCUCAAGAGACCUGAAAAUAUCUGUGCAGCAAUGCUCCCCAUCCAACCUGACAGAGCUUGAGAGGAUUUGCAGAGAAGAAUGGGAGACACUCCCCAAAUACAGGUGUGCCAAGCUUGUAGGGUUAUACACAAGAAGACAGGCUGUAAUCACUGCCAAAGGAGCUUCAACAAAGUAAAGGGGUCUGAAUACUUAUUUAAAUGUGUUGGUUUAUUUAAAAAACAUUUCUUAACCUGUUUUUGCUUCGUCAUUAUUGGGUAUUGUGUUUAGAUUAAGGGGGAAAUAAACUAUUUAAUCAAUUUUAUAAGGGUGUAACCUAACAAUAAUUUGUAGAAAGUUAAGGGGUCUGAAUACUUUCUAAAGGUACUGUAUAUCUGUUGGUUAUGAAUCCCUUAAAUAAAAAGGUACAGUAUGGGCAGGGAUCAGAAAACCAGUCUGUAUCUGGUGUGACCACCGUAAGUCUCAUGCAUAUCUCCUUUACAUAGUUUAUCAGGCUGUUGAUUAUGGCCUGUGGAAUGUUGUCCUACUCUUCAAUGGCUGUGCAAAGAUUUUGGAUAUUGGCGGGAACUGAAACAUGCUGUCAAUCCAGAGCAUCCGAAACAUGCUCAAUGGAUGACAUGUCUGGUAAGAAUGCAGACCAUGGAAGAACUGCAACAUUUUCCGCUUCCAGGAAUUGCGUACAGAUCCUUGCCACAUUGGGCCUGUGCAUUAUCAUGCUGAAGCAUGAAGUGAAGGCGGCGGAUGAAUGGCACAACAAUGGGCCUCAGAAUCUCAUAGCAGUAUCUUUGUGCAAUUGUGUUCGUUGUCCGUAGCUUAUGCCUGCCCAUACCCACACCACCACCACGGGGCACUCUGUUCACAACGUUGACAUCAGCAAACCGCUAGCCCACACGACGCCGUCUGCCAUCUCCCGGGUACAGUUGAGACCGGGAUUCAUCCGUGAAGAGCACAGUGGCCAACGAAGGUGAUCAUUUGCCCACUGAAGAUGGUUACGACGCCGAACUGCAGAAAUGUUUCUGUUUUGCAAACCCACAGUUGCAUCAGCAUUCCGAGUGGCUGGUCGCAGACGAUUCCGCAGGUGAAGAAGCCGGAUGUGGAGGUCCUGGUCUGGCGUGGUUACACGUGGUCUGCUGUUGAGGCCGGUUAGACAUACUGCCAAAUUCUCUAAAACAACGUUGGAGGCAGCUUAUGUAGAGAAAUGAACAUUGAAUUCUCUGGCUACAGCUCUGGUGGACAAUCCUGCACUCAGCAUGCCAAUUGCAUGCUACCUAAAAACUUAAAGACAUCUUUGGCAUUAUGUUGUGACAACUUCACUGUUAAAAGUGGCCUUUUGUCCCCAGCACAAGGUGCACCUGUGUAAUGAUCAUGCUGUUUAAUCAGCUUCUUCAUAUGUCAAACCGGUCAGGUGGAUGGAUUAUCUUGGCAAAGGACAAAUGCUCACUAACAUGGAUGAAAAAAAACUUGUGCACAAAAUUUGAGAGAUCAGCUUUUUGUGCAUAUGGAACAUUUCUGUGGGACCAACACUUUACAUGUUGCGUUUAUAUUUUUGUUCAGAGUGCAUUUUUGUUCAUGUAUAAAUGUAUUUAUGUUUGGACACCUACUCAUUCAAUGGUUUUUCUUCAUUUGACAAUUUUCUACAUUGUAGAAUAAGAGUGAAGACAAACUAUGACACACAUGUAAACAAAAAAAAGUGUUAACCAAAUCUAAAUAUAUUUUAUAUUUGAAAUUCUUCAAAGUACACUUGGCAUUCUCUCAACCAGCUGCAUGAGGAAUCAUCUGGCCAGGUCAUCUGAUGCAGCACCAUCACUCUUAUUCUUGGUCAAAUAGCCCUUACACAGCCUGGAGGUGGGUUUUGGGUCAUUGUCCUGUUGAAAAACAAAUGAUAGUCUCACUAAGAGCAAACCAGAUGGGAUGACAUAUUGCUGCAGAAUGCUGUGGUAGCCACGCUGGUUAAGUGUGCCUUGAAUUCUAAAUAAAAUCACUGACAGUGUCACCAGCAAAGCACCCCCAUGCUUCACGGUGGGAACCACACAUGCAGAGUUUAUCCGUUCACCUACUCUGCAUCUCACAAAGGCACUGCGGUUGGAACCAAACAUCUCAAAUUUGGACAGACCAAAAUGAUAUUUCCACCGGUCUAAUGUCCAUUGCUCGUGUUUCUUGGCCCAAGCAAGUGGCUUCUUCUCAUUGGUGUCCUUUAGUAGUGGUUUCUUUGCAGCAAUUCGACCAUGAAGGCCUGUUUCACGCAGUCUCCUCUGUACAGUUGAUGUUGUGAUGGGUCUCUUACUUGUAAUCUGAGGUGCAGUUAUUUGCCCAUUUCUGAGGCUGGUAACUUUAAUGAACUUAUCCUCUGCAGCAGAGGUAACGCUGGGUCUUCAUUUCCUGUGGUGGUCCUCAUGAGAGCCAGUUUCAUCAUAGUGCUUGAUGUUUUUUGCGACUGCACUUGAAGAAACUUUCAAAGUUCUUCAAAUGUUCCAUAUUGACUGACCGUCAUGUCUUAAAGUAAUGAUGGACUGUUGUUUCUCUUUGUUUAUUUGUGCUGUUCUUGCCAUAAUAUGGACUUGGUUUUUUACCAAAUAGGGCAAUAUUCUGUAUACCAACCCUAUCUUGUCACAACUCAAAUUAUUGGCUCAGACGCAUUAAGGAAAGAAAUUCAACAAAUUAACUUUUAACAAGGCACACCUGUUAAUUGAAAUGUAUUCCAGGUGACUACCUCAUGAAGCACACAAGAGUGUGCAAAGCUGUCGUCGAAGGGCGUGGCUACUUUGAAGAAUUUCAAAUCUAAAAUAUAUUUUGAUUUGUUUAACCCUUCUUUGGUUACAACAUGAUUCCAUAUGUGUUAUUUCAUAGUUUUGAUGUCUUCACUACUUUUCUAUGUAGAAAAUAGUAAAAAUAUUAUAGAAAAACCCUUGAAUGAGUAGGUGUUUCUCAACUUUUGACUGGUACUGUAUGUAUAUGUGUAAGUGAGGACUUGGCUGUCUGUAUAUUCUUUUGGUUAGGUUUUCCUUAAUGUGUUCGCUCCCGUGUGCUGGUAAGGGCACAGAGAACAGACAGGUAGGAUUCUAGUUGAGGUGGUUUAAUAGCGCUGAAGAUGCACAGGCACGGAAGUACACCGCACAGUGUACGUAGUGUGGAUUGGGCAACUUGCUUCAACCAAGGUGUGUGGUCUGCAAUUAAAGAGAGA